AUGAAAGUAGUAGCUGUAACACUUAAAAAUGUUUAUGAUAAAAGAUUAAAAGUUAAAAGUGGUUAUAAAAUUAUUCAUGAAGCACCAAUUCUCAGACAUUUUACUGUUGAAUUAGAAAAGUUAUAA